AGAUUCAGCAAAUUUAAAUUCAAAACCAUCACCGUAUUCUCUACAAUCCUGGAUGACUCCUGCUUCGCACCCUUCGAAUUUGCAAGCGAACUCUGUUUCAGACGCAAUUUUCAUUUGGAAAUCUGGUAUUGCGUGUAUUACUGUUCGAUUGAAUUUUGAAUUCGAGGAAGCUUUUUAAAUGUCGUCUUUUCUGGACGAAAUAUAAGCUUGUCAUUAAGUUUUGGAUAUUCUGAUUCACUUUCAGGAGAUAAGACAUCAGUGAAGUGAAACAACGAGGUUUCAUCUGUUCAUUUAUGCAGACAAUUAGAUAUGUGAUAAAAAUUUAUGAGCAGAUGUUACAUUGUUAUUGGAUCAGUUUCUUUUUGGCACUUUCUUGUUUAUUUGGAGCUCGUCAUGCAAGUUUAGGGGAUGCUGACCCAUCAUAUAAGAAUUGUCUAGGAGAAUGUGAGAAGUCAGGAUGUGUUGGCAAAAGAUGCUUUCCACACUGCACGUUCUCAUCUGAUGGUGCAUCACUUGAUUUUCCAUGGUACACGCAAGAACCUUCGUAUAUGCGGUGGAAACAAUGGGACUGCCAAAGCGAUUGCCGAUACUAUUGUAUGCUCAAUAGUGACAGAGUUAGAUCAUCAUUUGGUCAUGGGAUUGUCAAGUAUCAUAGUAAAUGGCCUUUCAAGCGAGUAUUUGGGAUCCAGCAACCUGCUUCUGUAGCCUUUUCUGCACUCAACCUGGCAAUGCAUUUUCAUGGUUGGCUAUCUUUCUUCAUUCUUUUAUACUACAAGCUCCCCACGGGAUUAGAUAAAAAGCCAUACUAUGAUUAUGCUGGUCUAUUCCAUCUUUACGGGCUCUUAGCAUUGAAUUCAUGGUUCUGGGGUACUGUUUUCCACAGUAGGGAUGUGGAGUUCACGGGAAAGCUACACUACUUCUCUGGUAUCGUGUUGGUUGGAUACUCGCUCAUCCUGGCCAUCUUAAGAUGUUUCAAUGUGAAGCUUGAGGCUGCAAGAGUCAUGGUUUCUGCUCCAUUGCUUGCAUUUGUCACCGUCCACAUUUUGUACCUCAACAACUAUCAAAUGGAUUAUGGUAUGAACAUGAAAGUGUGUGUCGUGAUGGCUGCUGCACAACUUCUCAUCUGGGCAAUAUGGGCCGGAACCAGCUGCCAUCCGUCUCGCCAAAAACUGUGGCUCGUGGUCGUGGCAGGUGCGGCUGUUAUGCUGCUAGAGAUCUAUGAUUUCCCUUCAUACGAAGGGUUUCUAGACGCACACACGGCUUCGCAUGCCAUAACGAUACCUCUAACUUAUACCUGGUGGAGUUUCAUCAAGGACGACGUUGAGUUCACAACUUCCACCCUUCUUAAGAAUGGUAAAAUGGCAUCUAGGAAGUCUCUCCGGUAG